UUGUAAAAAAAAACAAUACAACCUAGAACUUAAGCACAAAAAGAAAGGGGAACUGUCAUUGUCGAUUGGGGAGAAAGUAUGUACCCGGGACUAAACUCGGAUAAAAGCAGGUGGUGUCAAGGGGUAGUUCGAGAUAUACUUGGCCGAAGAACUUAUGUGGUUGAGUUGGUCAGUUAGAAAAGUAUCAUUGCAACGACAAGUCUUGCCCCAGCAAGGAAAACUUCAUGACAGCCCCAAAUAAAAAAAACUCUAUGACUCCACGUGCCAACGUAACAAGAAACAGAUCAAGUAAUACUGUAACUUCAGUUAGGUCUAGCGACAGCGAAACAUCCGACUCAGAAAGUGAAGACGUCAUCUCACCCAGUGAAAACAACCCCAGCGACAAUCGUCCCAGGUGGCCACGGUGCGCGUGUGCUUCGUAGACGUAGUAAGAUUAACCCACCAGAUCGUUUACUAGUCGCCCAGUAAACGUGACACUCAUAUCUACAUGCAAGUGUACAUAAACACCACUAGAGUUAAGUUAGUUUCAGUUUAUUAUAGGGGGAAGGUGUUCUAUAUGCGAGUGUUUCAUAUCGCAGUUUAGUUUAGGUGUUUUUUUGUAAACCGUGAUGCGGUACGUUUUCCUAGGACGAUCCAGGGGAGUCACUUGCCUAGCCGCGUAUUGUACGGAGUCGUCAGUAAACGGUUGCAUUGUCGUGGUGGAGUUUAAUUUCAUGUUAAAUGAAACUUAACAUCGACCAUCUCAUAUUAAAUUUUGAUUGCAACCUGCUAUACCCCUGUACGCUGAAAAAUGUGUCUAAUAUAUCCCAAAAGAUUGGAAACCAAUUUAAUGUAUAAUUUGUUCCAAAAUAAAACAAGCGUUAAAAAUUCAGCAAUCACGGAACCUACAAAUUCAUGAAUGCUAAAAUUUAGCUUAAGAUUGUGUUUUUUACUAUACUGAGAAAGACUAAGAUUAGCUUCAACGUUAUCAUAAUUAGCUGAGUCAAAUGUGUGAAACAGCUGGGUGUCAUCAGCAUUUGAAUGAAUUUGAGAAAAUUUGACUUCCUUAGACAUAUCAAAUGUGCACAGAGGUCCAAGAAUUGAACCCUGUGGGAGACCCGAAAUAACGUUACCCACAUCUGAUAUACCGAUAUUAGUUCUAACGAACUGCUGCCUAGUAUUUAAAUACGACUGCAGAAAAGAUACAGAUCGAUCUGUGAAACCAAAGUAAUACUUCCGCAAUAUUUUAUUGGUUUCUAAGAUAAAAAAUAGUUUGUUUUUGAGCUCACCCCUUGCGUUUUCCGCAUUUGUUAUGAAACACAAACGAAGGAAGCAAUAGCCAAUCAAACAUAAUAGAAAUGACCAAGAAGAACGCACGAAAUAUUAGAACUAUUAGAUUAACAUCCAUGUAAUAAAGAUGCAUGCAUAACGCAGUAGAACAAUGUGCGAAAUCAAAAGAUAAGUUUUUUUAUCUGGGAAGAGGUGGAUACAGAUCGACAGUUACUUCGCAUAUUCCUUCGUCGUUCCCGGUUCAUCACCCGCUAACAACUAUUCAAGCAUGGAGUGGAACCGUUUAUUCGUUUAUUUUGUGACAGAACGGAGGAAGCAGAUCGAUGAUGACAUAAUUAAUUCAGCCCGUCGCAAUCCUGCAACUAAUGGUGAAAGCAACGUCUAAUGCGACAAUUCGAACGUAAAAAACGGAUUACCUAAAUCCCAUUUAAACGAAAACCGCAAGAUUUGAAUUGUUUAAGUGCUCCGGUGUCGCUUUCAUAUUGUUCCCCUAAGCGACCAGUUUUAAUUCUGCACGCCUAUUAAUCUAAAUAUUUUGUAAAAUCCAAUUAUCGCCAUUAAAAUAACCGCGGCCGUUAUAUAUAUUGUUGAAUGGGAAUAUUUAAAACAUUUGCUUGCUCGCAGUCCGAAUUUAUAAAUGUCAUAUUUGUAUAAAUGAGCGUGAUCAGUGCGAGAAACGGCCAAUGGCUGUUUCUGUUAAGUUUUUCCAUUGUGGUCAACGGGCGGUCUCUACUCGCACCACUCGAUUUCGAUGUAGAUCUGGUAGCGUCUGCGGCAGAACCCAGGCCUAUUUUCGUGGAAAACGUGGCUAAUCCUCCAGGAAUACCUUUGCCCUUGGUCUACAGCGUUAACGGCGACGCUUCUAGUCCGGAGAGCGUAGCCAGUGAAAAAGUGGAAAAAGUCCUCAAACCAGCGCUAGCGUUCUCAUACACCAACGAAAAGACUGACGAAGCGGUUGAUCAAAACUACGAUGGAUUUACCCCGGUGGUUCACCAAAGAGGUCAGCCUUCUGACAGUAGCGGUGAGCAAUCUGCUCACGGUGUUAGAAACGUGAGACAUAAUAACGAGCACGGGAAUAAACAUCAGGACGCGGGUGGUGAUUUUGAAAAGGGCGGCGGCAAAGAUUUCCACUCUGACCAUAAAGGAGAGUUUGGCGAGGAAGGACAUAAAGAGUACGACGGUCAUCACCAUCACAAGAAAUCGGAAAAAGGACACCACGACAAAGCGGACGACGAAAAAAAUUACGGGGAACACGGAGGCCACAAAAAAGGACACAAGCAUCACGAUGGGUAUUUCGGGGAGCAUCAUAAAGAGGAAGGCGGUCACAAGGGAUCAGAGUAUGGCGAACACGGAGAACAUAAUAAAGGCCACAGUACCAAAGGUUCUCACAGCAUCCGCAAGAAAGACGAGUUCGACAAGAAAACCGAAUUCUUUGAAGAGGACGAUGAGAGCGGCGAGUUUGAAAAACACGGAGGCUACCAUCACGAAGACAGCUACAAGAAGGGCGGGUACAAAAAAGGCGACUUCGAUAAAGGAGGCAGUCACAAGGAUCAUUACGGCAAAGAAUCGGAUCAUCAAAAGGGCACAUAUCACAAAGAAGAGCAGGGACAUGAUGAAGAAGCUGGACACGAUAUUCACCAAUCUCACCAUACUAAGCACGGUGAAGAAGAUGGCGAAAAAACUGGGAAAAAAUGGGCAUACAGCGAAGGUCAUGGCACAGGUGGCGAUGGUGGUGGCGGCGGUGGGAAAAAAAAACAUGGGGACGAUCACGGAGGCAAAGGAAGUCAUAGUCACGUAGCCUACCAAGUUCACGAAUUACCACCUAAACAAGAAGAUGCGAAGACAGUUAAUUCGGAAUUGAAGCCCAUUAGCGUUGUCCUAGAACGCCAGUCUAAAGAAGAUGAAAUUCAACAAUCGACAAAUAACGCAUUAAACCAGCCUGUAAACAUUUUUAGUGUUGAACGGCAGGCGGUGCAGAAUAAUAUUGAAGCUCCCAAAGCGAUUAACACUUUGUUGGGAGAAGAAAUUAUUACAAAGUAUUAUCCAGCUAAUGUUGAGCAUCUCCAUCAUGAGGAGAAAGUGCUUCAAGCCCCUAACGCCUUGAACGAACACGCUAAUUUAAAAUAUUAUCCAAUUAGCAUCGAUGCGAUAGUCCCACAAGCGACUAAAACGUUAAGACAUUCCACCUAUUCAACUCCUAGUGAAAAUUUACUGUAUUCAGGUAGAGAUAACCAAUACAAUAAACCUACAAACAGCUUUCAGUCCAAUGACAAUGUGGCGACAGAACCUCCAGAAUUGUAUCCAAUUAGAGUUGAGAAUAUCGAACAAACACAACUUCAAAAUGAAGAAGUGACUAAAACUAUUCAAUCCAGAAAUGAAGAUACUUCAGAUGGUGGUAGAGAAUCACAGGAAAGCGCGAAAUUUAGUAGACCAAUAAUAGCACAUAAUCACAUACAAUUGAUUAAUCAGGAAAGUGAAGCUAAAGAAAUUCACACCCCUCUUGCCCCCCCUGUCAAUCCACAAGCAUUCAUUGCGGUCUAUAACACUGAAGAGAAACCAAGUGAUAGAAUCAAAAAAAAGAAAAAGAAACAUAGAGCCAAAAAACGAGCGAAAUCAAAAGGGCCUAAAGCCAAAUCUGGAUGUCCAAAACAUGCGCACCAUGACAAUCAUCAGGCAGAGGAAAGCCAACACUUUUUGAUUGUGGUACCAGACGAUAGUGUGUAGUUAGAAUAGAUAGCCUAAAUUUUGCAAUUAAAGUUUUGUAUCCAAAUCAUUACGUAAUAUAC